GCUCACAAUCAUACUCCCUCCUUUUCUCAGCUUUCUACUUACCCGCCGCUCUGCAGACCUAUGUAUACAUAUCACUCUCCCUCAUCCCAGGUGAUCAUCCUCUCUCUCUCUCUCUCUCUCUCUCUCUCUCUCUCUUCUUGUUUAAUCCGUCGAACAAAAACAAUCCUCAUUUGGAGGUUUCAAAAAAUAAAUCUCCUCUCAUGCUCAACCGACCCUGUUUCUCCUCCUACUGUAUUUUCCAAAACCGUCUCUCUUUCCCUCUCAAACCCUUUUCCCAACCCGGACGGAACUCUAUUUAUCAACUCAUUAACCAAUUCCCACAAUGAUUUCCUCCAUAAAGCAAUCAACCAACCUUACCACAUUCUCCACUCCAUCACCCAGAAAAAACCUCUCACCCUCAAAAAACACUCAAAUCCAAUCACUACCCACGAUUCAAAACCCCAAACAAGCCCUAACCCACAAACCUCUCUUCAUAUCCUCCAUUCAACGUUUUGGUCCCAAAUCAAGAACCCAGAGACAAAACCCUGCAAUUACAUGCAAGGGAUACGAGGCCGCCGACCGGUCCCAGCCCAUUGCCAUCGGUUUGACAGAGGAAUCAGAGGCCGCACGGAGGGUGAAAAUCGGUGGGUACUUUGCGAUUUGGUGGAGCUUGAAUGUGGUGUUCAAUAUAUACAACAAGAAGGUUCUGAAUGCGUUUCCUUACCCUUGGCUCACGUCGACGCUGUCGCUCGCGGUGGGGUCGGCGAUCAUGUUGGUUUCGUGGGGUGCGAGGAUUGCUGAGGCUCCUAAGGUUGAUGUGGAGUUUUGGAAGGCUCUGUUUCCGGUUGCAGUGGCACAUACAAUUGGGCAUGUAGCUGCAACUGUGAGUAUGUCAAAGGUUGCUGUUUCAUUCACACAUAUCAUCAAGAGCGGUGAGCCAGCUUUCAGUGUGUUGGUGUCGAGGUUUUUACUCGGCGAGUCUUUUCCAGCAUCUGUUUACUUGUCCCUUUUGCCAAUCAUUGGUGGUUGUGCGCUUUCUGCAGUCACAGAGCUCAAUUUCAACAUGAUAGGGUUUAUGGGGGCUAUGAUAUCGAAUUUGGCAUUUGUGUUUCGUAACAUAUUCUCAAAAAAGGGGAUGAAGGGGAUGGCUGUUAGCGGGAUGAACUACUAUGCUUGUUUGUCUAUCUUGUCUCUAUUGAUCCUUACACCUUUUGCAAUUGCUGUUGAGGGCCCUCAAAUGUGGGCUGCCGGCUGGCAAACAGCUCUCUCUCAGAUUGGACCGAAUUUCGUAUGGUGGGUGGUGGCCCAGAGUGUCUUCUAUCACUUGUACAAUCAGGUAUCUUACAUGUCAUUGGACCAGAUCUCUCCCUUGACAUUUAGUAUAGGAAACACAAUGAAGCGAAUAUCCGUCAUAGUCUCCUCCAUCAUCAUCUUCCACACGCCCGUCCAACCCAUCAACGCGCUUGGAGCUGCCAUUGCAAUCCUUGGAACAUUCCUCUAUUCACAGGCAAAGCAGUGAGAAAUCCAUCCACAGCAAGCAGAUUUAAUUUAGGAGACACCGAUGAGACGGCUUUGCAGAGGAGUCUGGUAAGCACCAUUUUGCUUACCAUUUUAGUCGGCCGCCGGGUGUUUCGUGGAUCACGAGGAUUUCAAAAAUAAUUCUUCGUCGGAUGAUAUCAUUAUAAUGUUCAUGAGGAUGUGGUGAUGUAGGUGGUCAGGUAGAUAAUGGUACCAUUAUAAUGUUCAUGAGGAUGUGGUGAUGUACGUGGUCAGGUAGAUAAUGGUACCGGAAUCCUUCAUUCACAAUUAAUCUCAUUUUUUAUUAUUAUUGAGAAAUAAUUAAUUUAAGAAUUGUUAUGUUGUGUAGCCGUGUGCACCUUUAUAAUAAUGCCAGUAUCAUACAUGCACUA